AUGUCGGAGAGCAUCGACAAAUUUAUCAACGUGUCGAGUCUCGAGGAUUACGACAAAUACAUCCGCAGAGGUGCCUUUCUCGCGCAGUCCAAGGCAGCAUUUCCCAUGGGACGCGAGAGGCGCGAUGGCCUUACGUUGAGAGAUGAGGAACGCUAUUACCUCCAAUUGGAGGACAGCUCGCGGCGUAUCGACAAGUUCAAGCAACCCUGGCGUCUGUAUGCACUUGUAGGCGUAUGUUCCCUGGGUGCUGCCGUCCAGGGCUGGGAUGAAACUGCAGUCAAUGGAGCUCAGGUUUAUUACCGAGAGGCCCUCGGCUUGAUGGAUUCCCCAGGCUGGCUAGGGUUGGUGAACAGCGCUCCAUACAUGUGCUGUGCCUUCUCCUGCUGGCUGAACUACCCUUUGAACAGGCUACUUGAUCGACGCGGCGUCAUCUUCGUCACCUGCCUUAUCAGCUCUCUUACUUGCUUGGGCCAGGCUUUCCCUCAGACGUGGCAGCAACUCUUUGCGGCGAGGUUCCUGCUGGGCUUAGGCAUCGGCCCGAAGAGUGCAACGAUACCAAUAUAUGCCGCCGAAGCAGCUCCUGCAAACAUUCGAGGUGCUCUGGUCAUGAUGUGGCAGAUGUGGACUGCCUUUGGCAUCAUGUGCGGUAGGUUAUGGAACCACAUCCCUCUCUUCGUAGUAGCCUAUGUCUAUACUCUACCCGAAUCUCCCCGUUGGCUCCUCAUGAGGGCUAGACAAGGAAACCGGAAGAAGUAUGAAGAGGCUUUCAAUUCCCUAUGCAAACUGCGACAUACCAAGCUGCAAGCCGGGAGAGAUAUCUUUCUUAUCAAUCACCUCCUGGAAGCCGAGGAACGAAUCAUGCAACAGGAAAAGCCCUUUUCUGAGCUUUUCACGCGUGGCAGGAAUCGCAGAGCUCUGACUGCCUCUGUCAUCACGAUGUUUCUUCAACAAUUCUGUGGUGUCAAUGUUACGGCGUACUACUCAAGCACCAUCCUCGCAGACCCUCAACACGCCAGUUAUCAACCUCGAGACGCCUUAUUGAUAUCCAUGGGUUUCGGGAUCAUAAAUUUUCUUUUCGCUAUCCCGGCUAUUUGGACAAUCGAUAGCUUUGGUCGACGGAACCUACUACUCUCUACCUUUCCGUUCAUGGCCCUCUUCCAAAUCAUAAUGGUCAUUGCGUUCAAGUUGCCGGGUCAAUCUUCUGCCCAGCAUGUAUUGGUCAUUCUAGGCAUGUACCUCUUUGGUGUGGCAUAUUCUCCAGGCGAGGGUCCAGUCCCCUUUGUGUACAGCGCCGAGUCUAUGCCCCUCUAUAACCGCGACUUCGGCAUGGGCAUCGUGACGUCAGUCAACUGGUUCUGGAACUUCUUCAUCUCCAUCACAUGGCCCAAAUUCAGCUCCGCAUUCGGCACCUCUGGCGCGUUUGGUUGGUAUGCAGCGUGGUGUGUCGUUGGCUUUUUCAUGAUUCUCUUCCUCGUUCCUGAGACAAAAGACAUGACGCUCGAGGAGCUUGACCAAGUGUUUGAUCACCAUACCAUGGAUUACGUAAAGUACGGAAUGGCAGAGCUGCACUGGAUGGUUGGGCGGUAUGUUUUCGGGAGAAAGGGCUUGAAGAAGCCGCCGCCGUUUCUGCAGAAGAAAGAUCCGGAAGAGGUUUAUGAUACGAGAGGGGAGGCUUUCGAUCCGCGCGGGAUGGUGUAUGAGGAAAUACAAGAAGACAAGCGCGCGACCACCUGA